CUCUCCACCUCCAUGGCUCCACCUCUUCUUCAAAGAGCAAACGGUUGCCCCCUCCCUCGCCGUCUUUCCGCGUCCUUGCCUCCCCCUGCCCUUCGCACCCGUCUCUUCGGCACACAGGAGACGAAGACCAUGAAUUGGAGACAGAGAUGGUGGAGUCUCUGGGCCUCCCAGAAGAUUGCAACAAGGAGGCUUGGGCAAUCGUACGCACCAAAGCAAAAGAAAGAAAACAUGCAGAUCAUUUCCUUCCAUGCACAGACCAUUGGCCGGGUUCGAGAGGCCGUGCACUGGCUCUUUGGCACCGACGCCCUUCUUUUCGGCUCAGCAGCUUACAAGCUGGCUUUAUGGGAGAGCGACGUCGACCUGUCAGCUGCCAUCCCGGCCGACAAGGCCGACCAGCUGCUGAGAGAGGGCGUGGUCGACGACCGUCAGCUGGCAGAGAGGGUUCACGAGCUUUCCAUGAGGGAGAAGGCAGCAAUGAAGGAGUACGAAGCCGCCCAAAGGGAGAGGAAGGUUAAACACGAUCUGAAACAAGUGGAGGUGAGACAAGAGUGGAAGGAGCAAGAGCACGCGGCGUUGAAAGCAUCUUCUGUUUCAUCCCAGCGGGAUGUGGUGGACGACGGCCUCAACGGGCUGCUCGCAGGGGCGGGUGAGGGGGCCAGGGCCGGCUGGCGGUCUGGCCUGGAUCACCGAUCCGACGACGCUGGAGAGCUGCGCGAAUGGGUGUGUUGACAGACAGACAGACAGACAGAAAGACAGUCGGACAGACAUCUGCUGUGUCCGUGCUGGUCGGUCAGGAUUCUGAUUUCGUUUUGAGGUGACCCCUCUGGGCCAGCUUACGCCCAUGAGCAACUCGCAGCUGCCCUCCCCACGGCAGCACUGGUACGACAACCGGCCCAUCCUCUCACCAGUGCCGCCAUCGAGGCCGCUGCCGGAGGGGGACGCACGGCUGAGCGGACUGGCGGGCGGCGCGUCUGCUGGUGGCCAUAGCCUGGAGCUGAGUGCGUCGGUUGACGACACCAUCAGCAAGCUGCGCGAGAUCGCGCGCGGCUGGGGGCGGACAGGGCACUGAGG